AUGGAUUAUUACACAACAUUAUUUUUGAUUCUACUCCCUAUUUUCUUUGCUUUAUUGUACUUCUAUGUUUUUAAGCUCAAUCCAACAUUCACCACAAAUAAUAAUGCAAGGCUUCCUCCAGGGCCUAAACCAAUACCAAUCUUAGGAAACUUGCCUCAUCUUGGGGAUAAACCUCACCACUCCUUAGCUAAUCUAGCUAAAACUUAUGGCCCUUUAAUGUCUCUUAAAUUCGGAAGCAUAUCAACUAUUGUUGUAUCUUCAUCUAUAGUAGCUAAAGAAAUGUUCCAAAAACAUGACCUUACACUCUCUAGUAGGCAUGUUUCUGCGGCGGUACGUGCAAAUGGGCACGACAAAUUCUCCAUGGCAUGGUUGCCUGUUGGUCCGAAAUGGCGGGCUUUAAGAAAAAUUUCAACCAUCCAUUUGUUCUCUAGUCAAAGACUUGACUCAAGUCAAGCUCUUAAACAAGAAAAAGUGUCUAAACUUAUUGAUUAUGCUAAGGAAUGUUGUAAUCUCCUCCUCAAUCCAGGGUGUGCUUGUCACUAUGAAAGUUUCCUUCUCAGGAAGGGAUACCUUGCUUGA